GGUACAUCAGCUAUUUCGUUGAAAUGAUCUUCUGCUGUUUCGGUGAUAGUGGUGAACCUUUAUUCAGGGAAAGUUAGUUGUAGUUGUGUUACUUUGAAGCGGAUGACAUCUUGUCAAUUUUUAAUCCUUUAACUUAUUAAAGGUUCAUAUUUAGCAACAGGCAACGUUCAGAUGGCUCGAUGGAACAACAAACAGAAACACACAACGAGGAAACAGAGGAAUGCGUGGAAAGCAGACAAAGCUGUGGAAAGCAAUUCGACAGAUGAUAAAGAAUUUUCAGAGACACUUUCACGACUUCUGGAUGAUAUUGCCGUUAAUAAACACUUAAUACAGUUUAGACGGAAAAUAAUGUUCUCUUAUGAACGUGAAAUGACACUGACACAAAAAGCAUAUGGGCGUGACAGACGAAAUUUUGUUUUCGGAAGUCAAAUAGAGGGCACUACAACACUUGCAAUGAUGUCCGACACAGACGUCUUACAACGUUUUGAUACGUUUCGUUUGUUUCUUGAUUCAGAAAAUCCGCAAAUUCAGCCGCAUGCUCACCAAAUCGUAAUAAAGGUGAGCACAAUAUGUUAUUCUUCACAGAAUUGUGUUUUAACAAUGAGUGAACCAUCAAUACAAGCAUGGCGUUUUAAACAAUUGGAUUCUAAUCGGGAUCCUAUUGAUAUCGUUGAUUUUUUUCAAAGCGAUAGGACAACAACUAACGGACUUAUUCCACAUGCAUUUAUUUUCGUUUGGGCAAAUUUAUGUCCAGAAAUACUUAGGCAAUCAAAACGACACGGGCCUGCAGAAACUAUAGGGCUCACAGACUAUGUUUUCGCAUUUUACUGUGAAAGUCUUCCUAAGCAAUGCAAGUUCGUUUUCGAAAGACCACGCCCCGGUCACUGGCCUUCGGAGAAGACGUUGAAAAAAGCCAAGAAGUAUGGCGUCUUUAUAGUUCCACAGGGACCGACCAAAAGUACGAACAUUUGUACGUACGAUUAUUUUGAUUUUCAAUGGCGAAUUUCCACAAAUCUAACAGAGAGGCUAUUAAUGUUCAGUUUAGCUACAAUACAUCUGAAAGCAUAUGUUCUGACAAAGAUGAUAAGAAAGGAGUCGUUUAUGCCAGAAUAUCGAGACAGGCUGAGUACGUUUCAUUUCAAAACAGCCUUCUUCUUUGCGAUCGAGACCACCAGGCCUGAUGUGUGGAUGGAGAACAAUCUUAUCAAUUGUGUCAAGUGCAUUCUUUCAACUUUGAGACGCUUCUUAACACGCCGCAAUUGUCCACAUUUUACCAUAGCAAACGUUAACCUUUUUGAUGGGAAAAUUGAAAGACACGAGUUUCCAAAAUUGGUGGAUAAACUUACAUAUAUUAUGAAUUCACUGCGGACAAAGAUCGAAGGUAUUCAAAUGGACAACAUUGGACAGACGCUUAAUGAGCGCAUUACAAGAAAAAAUGAAAGCAGCGGAUAUUGUAUGAAUGGUUCAGCACUAUUAAAGUAUGUUUUGCAUUUUUUUCUUGUAAUGACGAAUACGUUUGAUUUAAAUAAACUUUUAAAAAUACCCGAUAAUCACAGGAAAGGUUUUUUUGAAAAUGAAUAUUCACACGUUGAAACAAAUUUUAGUGUCCCGUUCGGAAAAGACAGAAAAUAUGACUAUGCAUUGCGUGCGUUCUUGUCAACUCUGGCUGGGAUGGGGGCGUCGGCGUAUUUAAAACAGACGGCAGAAGGAUGUGAAUAUAAUCACGAUGGCAUCAAUAAAGCGAGACAAAUGUUUUUAAAAUCUAUUGAGUCUAAUAUCAUUGGCAACUACAUGCGAUACGCUUCCUUCCUUUUCUGCAAUGGAGAAUAUUAUGAAGCUUAUAAAUAUUUUGAGUUGAUAGAAAAACAGAUUGACGCAGAUAAAAAAAUCAAUCUCAUGUACAAGUUGUGCGUUUCUCCAUCGGAGUCAUUAGCAUUGGAGAUCGCAAAUCAGUCAUGUGAAAAGUCUUAUAAACAAGCCUUGUCUGUCUUUGUGAUAUUUGGACAAGCAGAGGCGAUGUGUGUUCCUGAGUUCUUGAGGUGUGAAAUGUACCGAGGGCGUUUCGGCAGCUUCGCUUCAUCUGAUUUUAUGUUGCCAGAUAGUAGAAGGGACGACUGCAUUUGCGUGCAAAUCGAACCUUAUCUCUACUAUCUUCAGUACCUUACAUACAAAGAACUCCGCCAAGAACCUAAACAGUCAGAAGCGUUGAUGAAAUUAUUGAUAUUCACUAGCAUCAGCAAACCCGCAAGAUUCAUCUCGUUUGCGGGAGAUAUCUUCUUAUCCCAUUUUGAUACAUCUUUAAACAUGCUAGGGCACUGCCUCGAAAUGGAGCAGAAGUUUGAAUCGGCGUGGACGACUUACAAAACAUCUCUACAAAUGAUACCCCAAAGAAAUGCGGCGAUCCUGCAUACAAUUCGGCUUCUGUGGACAGUUUUUCAAAGUCUGUCGACUUCUCUCGUGUAAUAGGUAUGUGACUCAAACAAGACUUAACACUGAAGGUAAUUAAUAUUGCAACACAUCGCUUUCUUAGUUACUACAAUUAUUGCUGUUAUUUUCACUUUGGUUGUAAAAGUAUGAUCCAAUAUGGUGACUGCUGUAUGAUUCUAUUCCUUGCUUAACGAGGUGUAGUAAACAUUCGUAAUAGCAUAAGAAGAUGAUGAUUCAUUUCAUUCAGCUUUUGAUUUUUUUUAUGCGGGAGUAGAUUUGCAUAUUUUAUGCACGAAGCCAUAUAAAUAUCAGUUCGAUUUACCGCACUUGCUACUGUUGAAAUACUACUGCUAUUUUGAUUAUUACUAUAAUUCAUAUAUAUUAUUUUGAUGAUGAUGAUUAUUAUACAAGGCUAAAAUUUUAUAUUUCGACUCAUGCAAUUCUGUUUAAAUUUACAAGGUUAUCAAAUUGUGACAAGAGACCAUUUUGUUCCCGAUAACUGAAUGUUUAUGCUGUAUUUGGUGAAGGCUUGUCCAAUAUGUGCGCUAA